AGUUCAAAAGCCCUUUUCUCGACCCAUUCUCACUUUUCACCGAUCUGCCGCCGUGCUUCUCUAACUCUCCGCCGGCCGCCGUUGUCCCUCUCAUCGCCGGUAUCUGGUGCAGCACCGAUAUUGUCUCUUUUCCCGCCAUCUUUACAGGGUAAAAAGAGCUGUUGAUUUGCAUCCUUUUGAGUUAUCCGUUUCAUUUUUAAUUGAUGAUUGAGUUACCCCCUUAAACCCUAAUGUCCGUCUUCAAACAAAUCACCCGCCAAAAUUCACCCACCGUACUCUUCCUCACGCGCCACCUCUCCUCCGCCACUGCCGCAUCCAAACUCCACAGUCGUUACACUUUCGUACCACCACCUUCUCUCUCCCCCUCUCCUCAAAACCCCAACGAACCACCAACUAAACCCUCCAGAAAAAAACCCAAACCCAUUUACCAACCCCCGUCAUCCCUCGACCGAACCGGAAAAAAACCGAUUCGUUCCAGUUUACCCUUCGAUUUCCGGUUCAGCUACACGGAGAGCAGCCAAACGGUGCGACCAAUCGGACUUAGAGAACCUAAAUACUCUCCAUUUGGACCGGACCGGAUUGAUCGGAAAUGGACCGGGGUUUGCGCGCCGGCAGUGGACCCAAAUGUGAAGUCUUUGGAUGGAGAUGAAGACCCGAAGUUGGAAGAGGAGAGGAAGAAGAAGAGAGAGUAUGUUCAAGGGGAUCCCCUUACCAAUGCUGAAAGGAAAGCCAUUGUUUUGCAAUGUGAAAGAGGCAAAACUAAGCGCCAAGUUAAUAUGGGGAGGGACGGUUUAACUCACAACAUGUUGAUUGAAAUUCAUAACCAUUGGAAGUAUACUGAAGCUGUUAGAAUCAAAUGCAUGGGUGUUCCAACUGUUGAUAUGAAAAAUGUUUGCACUCAGCUUGAGGACAAAACAUUUGGAAAGAUCAUUUUCAGACAUGGGGGUACACUUAUAUUAUACAGAGGUAGGAAUUAUAAUCCAAGAAAGAGGCCUGUAAUUCCUAUCAUGUUGUGGAAACCUCAUGAACCUGUAUAUCCGAGACUGAUCAAAACAACAAUCGAUGGUUUAAGUAUUGAGGAAACGAAAGCAAUGAGGAAGAGAGGAUUGGCUGUUCCUGCUUUAACAAAACUUGCAAAAAAUGGCUAUUAUGCUCAUUUGGUAACCAUGGUCAGAGAUGCUUUCCUGUUUUGUGAACUUGUUCGGAUAGACUGCCAGGGUCUCGAAAGGAGUGAUUACAAGAAAAUUGGCUGCAAACUCAGGGAUCUAGUUCCUUGUAUCCUGGUGACUUUUGAUAAAGAACAAAUUGUAGUUUGGAGAGGGAAGGAUUAUAAGCACUUGAAGGAUGGAUACUUUCUUAAAGAUCAAGAAUCAUUUGAUGAUGAUGAUGAUGAUGGCGGUGACUUGCUUAUGGACGAGGAUGAAGAGCUUAAUAAUACCAGCUUAUGAGACGAACACUGCAAUCAACUGUGAUGAUCCAAUCAACUAUGAUGAUCUAGUAAAAUCUUUCUUUGCUCAAAUUUCAGCCUUAAAAUUUAAAUCAGAAGUUGCUUGAAGAUUUGAUUGUUGUGUUCUGUGUAGGGGGAUAUCAGCUUCCCCGGCCCUCAAAAUGUCCUCCGUCCCCAUCCCUGGUUUCCAUUAUCCACCAUAGGAGAGAUUCUCCCAUGUCCUCAUCGCCACGGGGUGGACUCAUAAAUAUUAAGAAUUGUGAAUUAUAUAUUAUUUUUAUUAAGAAUUGUAAAUUAUAUAUUAUUUUUAAAAUGGUCUUCAAUCUACUUGAUAUUUUUUUAUUGUCUUAAAUUAUUCUGUAUUUAAAAAUGAUGUUAAAAGGAUGACAAGAGAUCUUAUUUGUAACACAUUUGUAUAUUUAUAAAAGGAUGAUGAUCUCUGUCCCCAUCUCCA